UCCAAUUGUUGCAUUAGUUCAAGUUAGAAUCAGGAAGGUGUCGGAAGGUUAUCAACGCAGUUUUGCAAAAUCCACUCAAAUUACCCAUUGCUCAAGACAUUCGUAGGAAAGUUAGCCAGUGUGUUGGAAAUGUCGAACAAAAGCAACAGCAGCAGCCCGAGUGCAUACACGGAUGGUGGCGAAUGUUCCUCCAGCGAGGACCCAGCAGCGAGUCAGCCAGGAGCCAUCUGCCAGGAGAUGAUGCUGCAAAUCCAGCAGAUGAUGCAGCAAGGUAAAACGGCGUCGUUGCUCCAAGUCGUGCAGCUAACGAUACAGCACGUCGAGCAACGGAAAGAAAUUUCCAAGCUGCAGCAAUCGCUCAAGAAAGCUCUGGAGGAGAGAGUGCAAACCAAACGGGACCUUAUCGUGCAGCACAACUUUAAAACCAACGUGAAAAAUCUCGAACGCCAGAAGCAGUCCGCUUCGUUGCGUUUGCGCGAGAAGCUGGAUACUGUCAAUGCCAUCAUUAAAUCGAACGACGAGAUGCGCGCCCAGCUGAAGGAAGAUGAUACGCUGGCUCGAUCGGAAGUGGACGAAAUUCUGAAGGUGCUAUCUGAUAUCACUCCGAAAGUCGCCGUCCUGCAGAACGCAAUCAAAAAGGGCGAAGCCAUCGUGAAAGAAGCCAGCCAGCAGCUGAGCAAUGCUGCGCUGGAAAAGGCCAAACUUCAGCAAGAAUGUCGCAACAAGGAUUACGAGAUAAGAUGCGCCGCAUCCAGCAUGGCCGAAUCGGUGCAGCAGCAGAAGGCCGAGCUUGCGGACCUGGUGCACGCCAUCCAGGAGAGUCUCGGUCAGCUGGAUCACGAACAGCAGUGCUUGAGCGAGCAGGAAAAACGGUGCGACCAGUUGCAAUCGGACCUGGCCGCAAUGCAGCAAAACUACGAACGCCAAAAAGAAGCCUGGGAGACCGAGAUGAAAAACAAAAUGCAGCACUUGGAGAAACAAAACCAGCUGCUGGACAAACAGUUCAACGAUAUGAAGUCGAAGGAUGCGGAGCACAUUGCAAGCUUAACGCGCACACUAGAGGAGGCGAUCCGCGAGGAGGAAGCAGCUAGAGAGCGCGUCGAGAUUUUGACUGCCAAAAAAAGCGAGCUGGAGAGCACUUUGCAAAACGUAAACCGCAACAAUGCGGAGCUGGAACGGGAGGUCGAAAGCUGCCAGCGCAAAAAGCAGCAAGAGCUGGAGCUUGUCCGCUUGAAGGAAACUGCCAAAGCGAACAAGGCGGCGGCGGCGGCGGCGAAGGAAGCUCCGGUUGCUAAGAAGCCGAAUCUUUUGCUGAGCGGAAGGCCGAAGCUUUUGAUGUUUUCCAAAACUGGUACCAAGGCGCAGGAGCAGCAGAAUACGAAGCCGGCGGCGGCUGCUGCUGCUGCUGAUCAAAACAUUACAAUUACCAGCGAUAGCGAUUUAUCCUGUUCUUUCCAAAACUCGGUUUACUUUGAUGGUAAAUACUAGAACGAGUUUACCAUCUUUAAAUAUUUGUUUUAUUGUAUUCUAUUAACAGCGCAUUAGAAUUCAAACGUAAUUCUACCGUUAGCAUUAAUACAUACCUAGAACUAUGUAGCGAAUUAAUUAUGCGAUUGCACACUACUGGCCGGAAGAGCACACCACCGAUUAUUGUAGGUGGUGUAAUGGAAUGAAGUAAAAUAAAUCAACAUGAACUGAACUGAAA